AUGCGAAGGGAAAUCCGAGUGCGGGAUGCCAAGAAGAACGUCACUCAGGGCACAUCCCAAAAUCUGCAUCGCACACCAAUCAAACACACAAGCAGUCCUCCCGCUGUCGUCGCAUCGACAAGGCCAGCGAACAUGCUGCGCAUCUUGAAUCGCAUCCUCGGUCGCCAGCAGAAUACACUCCCACCCUUUGACUUUGCGCGCAACAAGUACCGCGUCAAGAAGAAGUGGCCGCCGAACCUCCGCGCUUUGACAGAAAAGCAGCAAUUCCGGUUCGAGCGCAAAUUCAAGCGACGCAUCAAGCUCAAGUCUAUACGCCCUGAGUGGAACAAAUGGACAAAGAUAGUGCAAUGGAGUUUGAUCAGUUUCAUUGUAGUCUACGGUGUCUUGUUCCACGACUUCAGAAAGGACCCGAUGAACCCAAGGCCAGGCGAGCAACCGUUUGAAGGCUUGCGACAGAGAAUGUGGAGACUUUUCGGAGGAUUCUAUACACAAACUGAGAAUGUCAUGAAGGGCGAGGGAGGGGUACGAGGUGCCCGAAGGCUGGAACGGACAGAGGAGGAGGAGGAGAAGGUGCACGGGGCGGCACCGUUGUCCUCAUCGUCGUCGUCGUCGCCGGCGUAG